UUCUUCAGCCAGCACUCGUAUUCACGUAACUGCCUAUCCCUCUCCCUCUCCCUCUCCCUGCUUCUUCGAAGUCUUCGUCGUCUUCGUCCCUCUUCUUCUUCUUCCUCCGCCUCGAGCUCCAAUGGACUUGCUGCACCUCAUCUGCCCCGGCUCUCCAUCCGUGUGGGAUGGAAAUAGAUUGUCCGAGUGCUUCAGUAAUAUAGUUUUGGCGUUUGGAGGGAAUGUUGUUACCAUUUUCAUGAUUGCCAUGCUAGGCAUUACAAACAGGAACAUACAGAGAACUUGGAGGAUGAACUUUUUCGAAAAAGCAGUUUUCUAUGUGCUUCCAAUCCUUGGAGCAAGUCUCUCAUUUCUGGACGUGGCUUUCAUGCUGAACACUGCUUAUCACGGAGGCUUGGUUACGUAUCAUUCAUGGCUUUUCAGAUGUUCUAGGUUUGCAGUCUGGGCACUAACAAUAUUGGCCUUGAAGUGCCUGUGCGGUUCCUCCAUAUUUUAUAACAGGGUUCUGUGUUUCUGGUGGGCAAUAAAGCCACUGCUCAUGAUCCCCAAUCUGCAGGCAACUUUUCGGUCAUUGGAGGUAUUAGCGUGUCUAAAUGAGAGCUGCAUGUUUCUGGUGGAUGUUAUGCUUGGGGUUUCGCUGAAUGUUAUCAGGGUGAAAAGAGCGUCUUCUAAGAGCAGGCAGUUGGAACAAUCACUUCUUUCCUUUAAUGAGGAUGCCGAGGCAAAUUCUCAUAUGGGCUCGGGAACUGCAGAGAGUUACUGGGAUCUUGUGACGUUCAAAUCUAUUGCUAAAGUGAUGAAUCGGGGUGUAAUAAAGCAACUUGACUUUGAUGAUUUGCUUUCGCUACCUUCCGAUAUGGAUCCUUCUUCCUGUCACGAUGGAUUGUUCAGCUGUUGGCAAGAUCAGUGGAACUGUAACUCUAAUGAGCCAUCUUUGUUCAAAGCGCUUUACUGUGCCUAUGGGUGGUCUUACCUUCGUUUAGGUCUACUGAAGGUGGUCAAUGAUUUGCUUGGGUUUGCUGGACCCUUGCUUCUCAACAAGUUGAUUCGAUCCCUUCAAAGAGGUUCUGGGAACGUGGAUGGCUAUGUCUUUGCUAUAUCCUUAGGCCUCACAUCUAUUGUCAAGUCCUUUCUUGACACACAAUAUACCUUUCAUCUUGCAAAGCUGAAGCUGAAGCUACGAUCCAGUAUCAUGACUAUCAUCUAUAAAAAGUGUCUGUCCGUUAGCCUGGCAGAGCAAGCACAAUUUUCUAGUGGAGAAAUUCAGACGUUCAUGUCUAUAGAUGCUGAUCGAACUGUCAACUUGUGUAACAGUUUCCAUGAUAUGUGGAGCUUGCCCUUGCAAAUAGGAGUGGCUUUGUAUUUAUUAUAUAUGCAAGUCAAAUUUGCUUUUGCUGCUGGAGUCGCAAUAACUGUGCUGCUAAUACCAGUGAAUAAGUGGAUUUCGACUUUGAUUGCUGCUGCUACAAAGAACAUGAUGAAACAAAAGGAUGAAAGGAUUAGGAGAACAGGUGAACUUUUGUCUCAUAUCCGCACUCUGAAAAUGUAUGGAUGGGAGCUUAUUUUCUCAAAUUGGUUGUUGAAGACGAGAUCCUUAGAAGUUAAGCAUUUAAAGACACGGAAGUACUUGGAUGCAUGGUGUGUGUUCUUUUGGGCGACCACACCAACACUUUUCUCUUUAUUCACAUUUGGUCUUUACACAUUAAUGGGACAUCAACUUGAUGCUGCAACGGUCUUCACUUGUCUUGCUCUGUUUAAUACGUUGAUCUCUCCACUUAACUCAUUCCCUUGGGUCAUUAAUGGACUGAUUGAUGCCUUCAUAUCCACCAAUCGGUUGAGUAGGUUCCUUAGCUGUCCUGAGCACCAGUAUGAACAAUGUGCAGUGGGUUCUUCCUCAUUGGUUUCUGGGGGCACUAAGUCUCAUUUUAGCUCUGACCGUGUGGCAGUUGUGAUGUAUGAUGCAUGUUAUAAUUGGUCAAGCAGCAAUAUGCAACAGCUGAGUCCGGUAAUAGAUCAUGUCUCCUUAGCCAUUCCAAAGGGUUCACUUGUUGCAGUAAUUGGAGAGGUCGGUUCGGGUAAAUCAUCCCUGUUAAAUGCAAUAUUGGGAGAGAUGCGACUCAUUUGUGGAUCAAUUAGUUCAGUUGGUUCUGUGGCAUAUGUACCACAGGUUCCGUGGAUCAUGUCAGGAACAUUGUGUGAGAAUGUACUGUUUGGGAAAAAAUAUGAUUCGAAGAGAUACUCUGAUACUCUACAAGCAUGUGCACUGGAUGUUGAUAUCUCUCUGAUGGCUGGAGGUGACAUGGCUUAUAUUGGAGAAAAAGGAAUUAACUUAUCUGGUGGACAGAGAGCACGUCUUGCCUUGGCUAGGGCUAUAUAUCGUGGCGCUGACAUCUUGAUGCUUGAUGAUGUCCUGAGUGCUGUUGAUUCUCAAGUUGCUCAAUGGAUUUUAAAUCACGCGAUUUUGGGACCUCUUACAGAGCAAAAUACUCGUGUUCUUUGUACACACAACCCUCAGGCAAUAUCUCUAGCUGACAUGGUAGUUGUGAUGGACAAAGGGCACAUAAGGUGGGUUGGAAGUCCAGCUGAUUUGACUAUUUCACAAUAUUCAGCUUUCUUUUCCACAAUGACUGCAAGUACAUCGCAUGAAAGCCAUGAUCAUGAACAUGAGAUUUCUUCCAUGAGAGCCAACGAGGACCUUCAACAGGACAAUAGUUCUCAAUUAAAUGCUGGGGAGGUGCAAGAGAUUAUCGAAGAAGAGGAAAGAAAAGAAGGCAAAGUUGAAUUUGCAGUAUACAGAAAUUAUGCUGCAUUUUCAGGUUGGCUUGUUGCAGUAAUCAUAUUCCUUGCGGCAAUUUCAAUGCAAGCCUCACGUAAUGGAAAUGAUCUAUGGCUCUCCUAUUGGGUUGAUACAACAAAAGGAGGCAUUGAGUUAGCAUCCUCUACAUCCUUUUACCUGGUUGUUCUCUGCAUCUUUUGUAUUGUAAAUUCGAUUCUCACGCUAGUACGAGCUUUCUCAUUUGCAUAUGGUGGGUUGAGAGCUGCCGUAACGGUGCAUGAAAUUCUACUUCAAAGACUAAUUGAUGCACCUGUAAAGUUCUUCAACCAGACACCCAGUGGAAGAAUACUUAAUAGAUUUUCUUCGGACCUCUAUACAAUUGAUGACUCUCUUCCAUUUAUCCUCAAUAUCCUUCUAGCAAAUUUUGUUGGUCUUCUGGGGAUUGUAGUCAUUUUAUCGUAUGUCCAGAUCUUCUUCUUGUUUAUGUUAUUGCCCUUCUGGUACAUUUACAGCAAGCUACAGCUCUUUUACAGAUCGACUUCCAGGGAGUUAAGAAGGCUAGACAGCGUCACUCGUUCUCCUAUCUAUGCAUCUUUCACUGAGACUCUCGAUGGAUCAUCAACUAUACGUGCAUUCAAGUCUCAGAAUUUCUUUUUCACCAGAUUCACCGAGCAAAUAGUGCUAUAUCAGCGGACUUCUCUCUCUGAGUUAACAGCGAGCUUAUGGCUUUCCCUGCGUCUACAGUUGUGGGCAGCAUUUAUAAUCUCAUUCGUUGCAGUCAUGUCUGUUGUUGGAUCUCGUGGCUUCUUGCCCAUCAACUUUGGUACUCCUGGUCUGGUGGGGUUGGCCCUCUCAUAUGCAGCCCCAAUGGUGUCUCUGCUUGGUAGUUUUUUGACAAGCUUCACAGAAACAGAAAAAGAGAUGGUCUCGGUUGAGAGAACUCUUCAAUAUAUGGACGUCCCUCAAGAACAACUUGGUGGACACCCACCACCAAAUUUAGAUUGGCCUUCUCAAGGAUUGAUCGAAUUUCAGCAUGUUACCAUGAGAUACAUGCCUUCCUUGCCAGCUGCAUUGAAUGAUGUCACAUUUUCCAUUCCUGGGGGGAUGCAGGUUGGCAUUGUUGGAAGAACCGGUGCUGGAAAAUCCAGCAUCUUGAAUGCCCUCUUCCGCCUCAAUGGCCUCUGUGGUGGCCGUAUUUUGGUGGAUCACAUUGAUAUAGACCACAUUUAUGCUAGAGAUCUUCGGUCCUGCUUCGCCAUUGUUCCUCAGAGUCCAUUCUUAUUCGAAGGAUCUUUGAGGGAUAAUAUGGAUCCAUACCGGUUCAUUGAUGACCUAAAAAUAUGGAAUGCGCUGGAGAAGUGCCAUAUGAAAGAGGAAGUGGAAGCAGCGGGUGGGCUCAAUCUUCACGUGAAGGAAUCUGGCGUAACAUUUUCUGUCGGGCAAAGGCAACUUCUUUGUCUUGCACGCGCGCUUCUGAAGUCUUCAAAGGUGCUCUGUUUGGAUGAGUGUACAGCAAGCGUAGAUGCCCGAACAGCUUCAAUACUACAGAACACGAUAUCUAGUGAAUGCCGAAGCGUGACUGUGAUCACCAUUGCCCACCGUAUUUCGACAGUGCUAGAUAUGGACAACAUCCUUGUUCUCGACAAUGGGACACUGGUUGAACAAGGAAACCCUCAUGUACUUCUGGAAGACUUGUUCUCGAGAUUCUCAAGUUUUGCGAAAGCUUCUACAAUGUGAAAUCUGAUUCUACUUUAUAACCUCAGCAGCUUGACACCAUCAUGCACCCAGGGCACAACUUCCAGUUUCCAUCUUGAAAGAUCAACCUCGAGUGCAUUAUUGUUCUUGUUCCAUAACUUUGAGCAAGACUUUGAAGACUUCCCGGUGCUCCGAUUAGCUCAAUAAGUUUAACGAAGAUGCUAUGUUGGGCAAGUCCGGGGUUCCCUUAUUUCGUCUACAAAACCUGGUAAUGGAUAUUCUUUUUCCAUUUUAGCAGCUCUGUCGGUAUGGACCCGCUUAGCAAAGGUCUACUUGUCAAUCUGGAAAGGGAGGAGUCAGUCGUUGUACUAUCGAUUACAGGAAAACCUUCCCCGAGCAAAAGCCCUCGCUGUCGUUUCAAGACACAACUACCUGUAAUUGACAAUCAUUAUGUUGAUAGAUUAGCUAAUCUCUUUACAUAUGAUCAAUAUUCCGAAACAAGUUUCUAACUUUUUGAAGUUACUAGAACCAAUUUAAAGUAAUUGAGCUAGAUUAGUUCUUUUUUGGGUCCCUGAUUAUGUGCUGGGAUCAGCAAUGGUGCGACACGUGUUGUAGUCAGCAACGAUGGAUCCUUCGUGAGCUUUCUGCCAUCAAACCUGCUGAUUCAAUCCAAGGCAUGCUAUGGACCAGAGAAUGGUACAGAAUCAAAGCGAAGGAUUGUCUUGGUGCUGCGGCUACUUUGUUAGUAAAGCAUCUGAUAUAUUGAACAAAAUCGCAUAUAUUUCGAAGGUGAAGAGUCGAUGCAUGCAUAGAGGCAUAGAGUUGUUGAGUUUAUCUAGUGUUGUGUUUGUUGGACCCCCAAAGAGACUAUGGCAAUCGAAUUUGCAGAU